CAACUUAUAAUAUCCUGAACAGUUCUUCCCGUGCUUGUAAAUAACUGCAGCUCUAUUUUGUGACACAGCACGAUUUUAGCUGUUAAUUUAAUUAUUGGGAGUAAUAAUAGUUCUUCCCGAAUUAGAUAUUUAUCCGGAUUUAUAGGGAUCCUGAGGAUUGCCAACAGAAUAAUGUACUUCAGAGUUUAUCCUAAAAUACCGUUAAUGCUGCGAAAACGUGACUCGUGUACGUAAUUAAUAGUAAACAAUAUAAAUUAUUGUGUUCAAAACAAGUAAACAAUAUAUUAAUUAUUGUGUUCAAAACAAAUGUGUGGUCUUAAAAAAGCCGGUCGCGUGAUAAGGCGGAAUACUGUUUGAUCCGAUAUAUUAUCCGCAGAAUGGUAGAAUACUCACGUUUAUACUGACUUUUGCACCAGAUACGUGAUUUGGAGAUAAUUAGCUUGCGUAAAGAACGCAGAUUCUUGCCUAUAUAUUCAAAGAAGCGCUUGACAGAAGAAUGCGUCUUCGUGCAGAUAUUGCAAUUAAAGAAAAUAGCAUAUGAAAAUGUGUGCUGUGGUCUCACAAACUUGGUGUUGAAAGCCGAGGACAUCUGAAUGUUUAGUUGUGUAAAAAUAUGAAAAAAUGUUUCAAUGGAGUAUCUGUUAACAAAAAAAACACAAGGCGGAACAUUUAAAUGCAUAUCACGUGGACCCUGUGAAUGUCUUCUGUUCAUAUAACGAGAGUUAAUUUCCUGAAGAGUAAUUAAUAUUAACGUGUUGUACCCAAGCGUUUGCUCUUUUGCGUUUUUAGAAGAUAGACCUUUGCACAGAAAUCAUCUAAAAGACAACAAUGACGAACGGAACAGAUUUUGCGACCAACGAAACUGUUAAUUCACAACAGGAUUUCAUUUCGAUUUGGAUGAAAAUAAUUAUAUGCAUACUAUUGUGUAUAACAAUGUGUAUAGCAAUCGUGGGAAAUACAAUCACGUGUGUCAUUGUCUACCGGAAGACAGUUAUGAGAACUGCUAAAAACCUUUUACUAACGAAUAUAGCGCUGUCGGACAUAGUCCUUUCUUGUACGGUGAUGCCUUUCUUGAUAUUCAAAACGGUAUUCCCGGAACGGUUGGUGGACUUGCGCCUGUGCGUGUCCAUAUCGAUGAUCAAAGACGUGUUAGUGGCGGUUUCCACUUUCACCUUGAUGAUUAUUAGCGCAGAUAGGUUUUUGAUUGUUGUUCACAAGAAGGACAGGCUGACCGUGCCCGUUUCAAAACUUUGCAUAACCGGAACAUGGGCCGUUGCAAUCCUCUUCACUAUGGUACAACUUGAGAGCAACAGUAGGGAAGCGAUCCUGCACGAUUUACUGUUCUGUUAUCAACACGCCCCAUCGUCAAGAAUAGCGGUGAUAUAUACGGUUACUUUUGUUACGCUGACUUUCAUCAUACCACUGGCAGUCAUGUUUUACCUAUUCGCCACCAUUUUAAGAACCGUACAACUCAUCUGCAAGAAAGUGCAUAUUCAUACUGGAAGUAAUCUAAAUAUAGCUGUCACGCAAUACAGCAGCAAAAUAGGACUUCCGCCCGUGGCAACGCGCUAUACAUUCAUGGGAGAUUUUGAAGCCAAACGCCGAGCAUUUGGGACGAUUUUUCUUUUGUUUAUUACAUUGUUUAUAUGCUGGGUGUCUUAUAUGUCGGAGAGGAUUUUCAGAAACACUGGAAGUAAUGAACACACGUCAGGUGAUCUCAUUGUAGAGCUGAUUUUCAUAUCCAUAGGCUUCAUGAAAAGUGCUCUUUAUCCUGUCAUAUUCUGCGCGCGCAAUCGUCGCUUUCGCUCCGCAUGCGGACGCAUAUUUACGAUUAAACUAUGUCUGUUCACGAAAUGCGUCGUCCUCAAAUCUAGAAGAAUACGUCCGCGUAAUCUGUACGUUUGUCCUGAAUCCGUCGGCCAUCUUUGACCAUGUCAUCCGAACUAGCUUUAUCCGAAAAUAUGCACUGUCCUAGCAGAUGGAACGUAUCUAAGACAGAGGUGCAAAAUACAUCACGAGGCAGAAAACGAAGGAAUCAUGAGGGGAAAGAAUAAAUCCACCCGCCCAUCUCCUGCAAAUGUUUUAGGUCAAUGACGAGUAGUAUCAAUGCUGAAAACAUUGAUGGAAUUAAACCACUCUGAAAGUGAUUGCAUUUGUGUUUUCCUGAUAUAUUUCUGCAUUUUGUUCAUUCCUGUAAUAUGUUAAGUCCAUAUAAAAGGUUCAAUGGCCAAUAAAAAGCGCUAAAACUUA